UAAUUAUUGAUUGUGAUCUGCUUCAGAUGAACAGUUGCGUGUCGUUAUAUGAGGCUUUUAUUGCUGGUUUGAAUAAUUCCGAUUACGCACCAACUGCAUGAAGCGGCAGAUGAAGUCGGGCGAGCGCCCGCUGAAUGCCCGGAUUUGGGUUCCGGUGUGAGAUCUUGAACCUUGAACUCGUAGAACCGUGAGACAAACGGAGGGCCCCCGUGCAGUUUCAAGUGAACUACGCUUGCUUGGGAUUCUUGUCCGUUCUGGCUCCUCCCCGCCAUUUAAUCCCUCCCCCACAGGUCCAACAAGGCCGGCCCUACCGUUUUUUCCAUCCGCCAUGUUCCCGUUCUGUCUCAGUGCAGUCCGGAACGUCCGCUGUCUCAGUUGAGCUCGUGCUUCAGUCCCAACAGGAGACGGUCUCGCGCGGACUUUCACAGACCUUCCCCAUUACCGAGCGACCUUCUCGGUUGUAGCCGCGGCAGGGGGGAGCGCUCACGCGCACGCGAGCGAGCCAACUGAAGACCGGGACGUCGGUUGGUAGUCUCCACCAUUUCCCCUCCCACUCGGCUUCUUCCUCCUCCACUGGCUGCUCACUGCCCGCCUCCGCGGACGCAGACGUCGUUUUUUUUUUUCUUUUGUCGCGUGCGUGAUUUGGAAAAGAGGAGGAGCGACUGCAAGCGAUCGGACGACUGAGCGAGGACCGCCGGAGUCGGCUCGCAAGCGCCAAAGCGAACUGAACGCCAGACCGUAGAUCGUCGGUCGCCGUUGUGGCACGCGUAGCCGGCUCCUUCUCCACAGUUUUUUGUUUUGUUUUUUUUUUUUCCGGGCCAGCGGGACUAUUUAGGAAGUCGGGAAGUGAACUGCAUCCCCAGAGCGCGGAAGACGAGCUGAAGGAGUUUGUUUCUUGACAAUCGGGAAAAAUCGUAGGAACAUCCUUUGACGACGCCACUGCCGGCAGCAAUGGAAGUUGUUGUGACAGAGGAGAAGAAGAAAAUCUUCCGUGCCAGGAAAACCAUGAAGAUCAGUGAUCGGCAGCAACUCGAAGCCCUUCACACCAGUCUGUUGACAGCAGCGUCGAGUUCGUCCGAGCCGUCUGCCCCUGAACCAUCUCCGCCGCCGCCCCUGGUGAACGGCUCGCACAGAGAGGAUGGACAAAAGGACGUGGAGCAAAACAGCCACCAGGACCCAAACUCCCCCGUCGCUACAUCACCUGCCUCGAUGACAUCCCUGAGCUCCCCCGCUCCGUUCCUCUCGCUCAAUCUGUCCCCCUCGCCCGUACCGUCGCAAAGUCCAAAAGAAAAGGACGAAUCCCUUUCGGGCCCGUCGUCACCAUUCCAGUCCAUAAGCUUUGAACAGAAAAAGGAGGAGGAAAAGACUUGCUUGCCGUCAUCCUCGCCGAACGAAUCCAAAGAGCCCCAGGAAUACCCCAAGGUGUUGGAAAAGCCCAAGGAGGACCAAACCACAGCAGAAGACAAAGCCAACAAUUCUGAUAAGGACUCCGCUAAAGACUCCGUUUCUUCUUUGCAUUCAGUAUCCGAUGGCACUGCCCCAAUGGAAACAGACGCUACACAGGCCAAGGACCCAAGCCAAAUGAAGUCCUCUACUUCCAAUAAUUCUGUUCCUUCGCUCUCUUCCUCUGCGGAUGUAAAACGGGGGAAGGACGUCGAGGAUGGGACUGACAAAGAUCAGCCCAAGAAAGGCUUACUAAUGCAAGACAAGAUGGAGGUGACCAUCGUCAAAGUGGAGGCCAAAAAGGAGAAAAUGGAUGUUAAUCAGACUUCGAAGCCAUCGCGCCCAUCGUCCACUCCGCCUUGUAACACAGUGUCAGAGGAGCGAAAGUGUACCUCUGCAAUCAAGCGCACUUUAUCGGAAGGCUUUGACAGAGACGGGCAUUCUAUAAAGCGAGAAGGGAAGAGACAGAAGAUGGAGCAAGGAGAGCUGGAGGCUCAGCUGGAACUCAAAAUCACCGCAAAAGCUGGCAGUCAUCACAAACUUGAAAAGAUUGUGCAGCAGUUAGUGAGCGAAAGGCUGCGGGACCUCGAGAUGACCAUUUUUGAGAAACAUUUCCAGGAGUUGAAGGGCAGAGUUGACAAGAUCGACUGUGCCUCCAAACACCAAGUGGCCAUUAAUACUCUCCAAGCUAAAAUAGCUCGACUAUCAAAAAAGUUUGGGGAAGCCAAUCAGGCAUCAGAGAACAAAAGGAAACAGGAGGCUGCUUCCACCGCUAUGGCUGCCUCUGCCGCCGCCGCCGCGGCCGCGACUGUCGUCAAGACAUCUGUUGCAAACACUCCUCAAGUUCAACGGCCAGUCCGGACACCAGUGGAGAUGAAGCAGAUCCCAGCAACAACUGUUACAUUACCCCACACUGCUGCAAAGUCCAGCUCUCUUAUUCCGACCCCCGUGUCCACCGCGACUGCCAUGGUUUCACAGGCCCCCAUCAUUAAACUGAUCACCUCUUCCUCCAAUGCCGUCUCCACUUUGGCGACCGGCAUCACCACUCAGAGUUCUACAGGCACCUUGUUGCUGAAGACGGCGCCUGCAGGUAGUAUGAUGACUGGACAGCCACUCAUCAUACAGCUGCCUGUAUCGAUGACAAACGGCCAGGCGGGAACACUGGUCAACUUCCCCGUGUCCUCUCUCCCUGCGCCCGGCACACUCAAUAAGCCCAAAACCACUGCUCCCGCUACCACCUUCAUAAUCAAGCCCGCUCCUGUCACGACCACUGCUGCAGGUUCUAUUCCAACCCCUAUCACUGUGCCAGCGCUCCAGGCUCCCCCUAGCCAGAUUUCCUCGGGCCAGAUCUCGCUGGCCCGAGCCGUGUACCAAGGCGGCGCCGGGGCGAUAACUACACCUAAUGCCGGAGUUUCUGUGACCACGGCCAGGACCGUGGUUCCAUCCGUAUCUGUCGCCGGAGCCAUGUCCACCGCGUCCUCGUCGGCGACAUCUGGUCCGGCGGCAACGGGGUCCGCGGCUCCUGGACCCCCGCAAGGGACGUCUUUGACAUCUAAAACAGACAACCAAGGCACAGGAAUCACUCCGUCCAAAGGAGCUGCUCCACUAGCACGUCCCAAAGGCGCCGUCAUCGAUCUUACCGAGGAUGACGAUGAUGUGCAGGUCACGGGAGUGAAGGAGGCGACGAUUCCAAGCGCCUCGGUAACCCAGCGUUCAAAUCCAGCCAGCGUUCCAAGCAGCUCGGCGGCCAGGUCGUCCCCACAGACCAGCCAGAACACCUCCAGUAGUACUCUGUCGGUGCAAACCCGCCCCCAACUGGAUUCUUCAGCGAAAGCCCGUCCCACAACUACUACGACUACUACUACUACGACUACUACGCCAGCCCGGGGCUCCAGCACGACCCUGCCCCCGCUCCCCGUCACCCCCGUGCCCACGAGCCUGCCGCCGGAGGCUCAGCGGACCUCGCCUCCCCAGCAACCUCAGCUCAAGCUGGUGCCGAGCGCAAGCGGCAUCGUGCUGUCCUGGUGCGUGUCGGAAACGGAUCAGUCGUGCGCGGCCGUGGAGAGCUAUCACCUGUACGCCUACCACCAGGACAACUCCAGCAGCAACUCGGGUCAGCAGCACUGGAAGAAGAUCGGCGAAGUGAAAGCUCUUCCUCUGCCCAUGGCCUGCACCCUGACCCAGUUCCAGUCUGGCUCCACGUAUCAUUUUGCCGUUCGGGCCAAAGACAUUUACGGGCGCUUUGGCUCCUUCUGCGAACCGCAGUGCACAAACGUUAUCAAUCCCAGCUCCAACUGAACAUUUGGCAAAAGUCCUUUUCGUUUGACCCCUUCCUUUCUUCUUUUAGGCAACGUACGUCUUAGGACCUCCGAUAUCGUGCAUCGUUGACAUCCGACUAUCUGUAAAUACUUUUCCGGCCGGCUUCUGACUUGACGGCGUUGUCAGUGGUUUAUGUACGUUGUUCAUUUUUCAUGAUCGAUACGGUUGUACAGUAUAUAAGUGAGCUACUUCUUCACCUCCUCAUGAUUCACGUCGGAUGAUUAAUGUUUUCGGCUCACGUAAGUCGCCCCGAUGUUGUUUGCUUUACUGGAGACGCGAUGCCACCGCCGUCGUGUCACCAGAAUUGCACAAAAAUGUAUACAUGUGGUAGAAAUUGAAAGAGAACUUUUGUAACUUUUGUCUGGUAACCAGACUUGUGACAGACACAAUAAAACGCUUUAUUAAAGA